AUGACGCUCACUUCCAGCAUUCCCGGUAUUAGAUCGAAGCUCGACUAUAUCGCUUCUCUAGGGUUCGAUAUCUUUUGGAUCUACCCUCGCUAUUACAGCCCCCAGAUCGAUAUGGGCUACGACAUCUCCGACUACGAGUCUAUUUACCCCCCUUACGGUACCGUGGCAGGUGCCGAGCGCCUGAUCUCCGCGCAGCAUGAAAUUCUUCCUCGACCUGAAAUCGAGUACGAUGCCGACGGGAAGAGACACCUUCUUAAUAACUGGCGUAACUCCUUCGGCGGCGCGAGUGCCUGGGUAUGUCACCCCCAUACCGAGCAUUACUUGCCCGUGAUCACUCGCGCAUACCUAUGGCUUUGGGACGGCGCGGCGCCCGGCGGAGGCUUCUCCUAUACGGUCGGGAGUGGUCAGCCGCCCGCCGACUCGUGGAUGGCUACACAUCCCCACGCCGGCGAGAUCAACGGGGCCUGGCAGCUCGGUGGUGAUUGCAGCGUACUUGAGUCCUGGCCGAAGUUGCUGCGCAUCCGAAAGGAGAAGAGCAGCAUCCUCGCCCGUGAAGAAUUAUCCUUACUAAGAGCCAAGGACGUGGAGCUCUUCGUCUUCGUGAAGGACGAUCGCCGAGGCGGCAUCAUGUUGAUGGUUAACUUCACCGCCAUGAAACAGCAGCGGGCCAUGCCGGCGGCCUCGGAGCCGGGCCUAUUAAGCCAGGACAAGACAGUGCGGAAGCUGGUAGUCUCGCUCAUGAUUCUGAGGCUAUCGAUGAGUUGGCUGCGUACGAGGGACGGCUAUAUGAUAUUUUUAUGGCAUAAGUUCGGCAAAGGAAACGUCGAGUCAGGCAUAGAUCGUAUCCGGAGGAAGCGUCGACUUACAGGGGGCCAGGGCCACCCUCGGAAGCGAGCAGCAAUCGCCUGCGACUAUUGUCGAUCACGAAAGACGAGAUGCGAUAAUGCGCGACCCUCUUGUGGUCCAUGCUGCCAAGCCGAGAUUGUUUGCUCAUAUUCGGACGCCGCUUCCAAUAUCGAACUGGUCCAGCAUCCUAGUACGAGCGAGCUGUUAGAACGGAUCAAUUACGCCGUGGAUUUGAUCGAGAAUAAAACAGGCCUUCUUGGCAGCUGUUUUGCUUCGCCAAUCUCUAGCGAAAAUGGCAAUAUUGUCCGGACUACGCCUCUACCAAUUGGUGAGAGAUGUACGGAUCAAGCCCGACAUGAAUCCACUGCUUCCGUCACGUUGGGUUCGCCAUCAAGCAACAUCUUUACCGAAGACGUGGAUAGUUUUCGGUCGCCCGCAGGGUCCCUUGCAAGCGAAUCCAUACUUCGCUGGCCAGUACUUCUAGGAUAUUUAACGAAGAGUAACUCGUCGUUUUUGUGGGAACCUGAACCCAGAGAUACUGUCUCUCGAAUGGCAUCAGGCGAGACGCCCAGUCACGACACCUCGCGCCUGCAAACGGUUCUUGAAGGCAGCAAGGUUUCACAAUCUCAUGCGAUCAUCGACGAGAGCCGUGUGGUGGAGCUAGUUGACAAGUAUCUUGCCUUUACUCAUUCCAAGAAUCCCAUACUCGAUGGCUCAAAACUGAGGCAAUAUGCUGCUGAGGUUGAAGAAUUCGGAUGCAGUUGGAAUGGGCGUUCGUGUCUAGUGCUGCUGGCUUGUGCUAUUGCUUCUAUAACGACUCUAUUCUACCCUACUGAGGCCCUGCUAGAAGGGAGCUCGCCCAAAUCGUCUGUAUCGCCAGAAAGUGCUUUGGGGGAUACAUUCUUUAAAGCAGCAAAGAAGCGGCUCAGCGUUCUAGAGCUAGGCCUUACAUGUGCCCAAGGACAGUACAUGGCCGGCAUAUAUGAGAUGAACCGCAUGCGAGCUUUAGCAGCCUGGAGCCACUACCAGCAAGCAGGCGUCAAUCUACAGAUUGUUCUUUGGCGGCAAGCGCAAAUGGCUUCGCGUGACGACAACGCCGAGGUUAACGGAGACCGCAAGCUCAUAGAGAGGCUUUACUUUUCUUAUGUGAGGACAGAAAGUGAGCUUCGCGCCGAGAUUCCUCUUCCGGAGUGUGGGAUUACAAUGUGCAACCCCCCAAGCAUGUUUCCCUCUCCACCUCUGUCGGCAGCUUUGCCUAUCCGUAUCGCAAAUAUGAAAGGACCUGAUCCCGAAACCGAGGAGACACAAAGUUGGCUCUACUAUCUAUCAGAAAUAUCCGUCUUGCGUUCAUAUACACGCAUGCUGAGAGUUCUCUAUAGUAACGUCGGGAGCUGGUGGAUACGAAACAUUGAGUUGGUUACCAAUGUCGCCUUAGAGUUCGAGUCCGAGAUACACAAGUGGUAA